GAUACAUUGGGGAAGGAAAAAAAACACAACUGAACACAACCUGCACGAGAGGAAUAAACCGUGCUACGGCAGUUUGUUUCGAUCUAACGCAAGUAUGUACGAAAGCUGUGGGGUGCGGGUUUGUACAACGGUCAGUGUUCGUAACGGUCGCGUCGAACAUUCUGUCCUGUAUAAAUGUACCCAGGGUAAGCUAACGUUAUAGCAUUGCAGCUAGCAGUACAUUGUCAGUGCUUUAAUAGCGACAACAGCUGAUUUAUUUCACUUUGUAAUUAAAGACUUGUAUCAGGACCUUGAAGCUUAUAUGCAUUUAAUGUUGUGGCCGGCUUCCUCUUCAGGAGGACAGUGUAGGGCUAUUUUAGAGAAGCCAUCUGACCUUUCAGUAGACGAGCUAGCAGGCUCUGUAGCAUGUGACGACGUGUUGUGUGACCAGCAAGCAAUGGUGCACGGAGGGGGGAGCGUCAUCACAUCAGGUGAAGCAGAUGCGCAUGAACCACAUCCAUGAAAGAGAAUCCUGUGUGUUCAUCUGUCAAACAAAACAUGUCUUCUACUCCCCACUGACCAUUAAAAUGUCAAUAGGUGUGACACCUGUCAAUACUUGUGUUCCGAAAGCUGAAUAAAACCUCCACAAAAGAUGGAGGACUCGCCUCACUUGUACAUCUCUGAAUUUGGAGACAUUGAGAACAUUGAGGAGGAGAAGGAGGAGGACUACAUUUAUCAAGAGGAAACUAACAUGGAAUCAGACAUGUUUAAGUCACUGUAUCCAGAUCUCCAUAAACAUCCAAACCAGGAUACUGAGAGAGACUGGAACUGUUUUCCCUGCCAGCACUGUGAGAGACAUUUUACCAGCCAACAAGGCUUAGAACGACACAUGCACAUCCACGCUUUGGCGAACAAUGAAACACACGCAUACAAAACCAAUAAGAGCAACACAUCUUUUGGUUCAAAUCUGGGUCAGCUGCAGCAUGAGAAUAUGAUGCCUCUGGAUUCAGUGGGAUCAGUCAGGCAGCUUCAUACUUCAUCCCCCACUAGCUCUAAUACUUGCAUUUUGUCGGCUGGUGACCACACUGCUCAGCCAGACGAACUGGGAGUAUUAGAGGGACAUCAUGCUGCAUCAUGCUGUGAAAAAAUAUUCACUACACAUACCAACAAGCAACGACAUGAGCACAGGAACCACGAGCAGCACCCGCAAGUCACUGAUUUGGAAAAACCCCAGCUUCCCCAAGAGGAAAAUCUCAAGGGGAUGCUCGUUGAAAAAUCUCCACAAGAAACAGAGCUUGGUGACAAUAAAACACCUCCAGCUGUUGUGGAGAAUAUAGUGAAACAUGCAGAGCAAUACAUGCUAGAUGUCUCCAGCAAUAUUUCAGAGAAUCUGAGUUUUUAUAUUGAUGGAAAGAUAGUGUCAACAAGUACAGUCAGUAGCUGUGAAGCAGCUGAGAUUAAUUCUGGGUCUGGAUCUGUUGGACUGGAUGCCCUGAUUUUAGACCCCACUCAAAUCAGCCAGGUUUUAAAUACUGAUUCAGUAACCGGCAAAGAGAUACUUGGUCAAACACUGGCCAAGAGAAGAACUGCAACACCACCUCUUUUACCACAAAUUAAAACUGAACUGGAGUCUGAGGUGGUUGUGUCAUCUUCCUCUUCUUCACUCGUAUCUUCUUUGAUAGAGAAUCUACAUCCUCAGAAUACAGAGUGUACAGUUGUGCAGAAGGAGAGAACUGUGUUUCUGUCUCCAAAGCUGAAGCAGCUCCUGGAAAAGCAGGAUGGUCUUAAACCUACACUUGCCCUCAUUGCAGAUGGCCAGAAGCCUUGUUCACCUGUCUCUCUCACUCCCCUGCCUGCUGGAUCAGGAAGGUUUAAAAGAAGGACCGGAUCUCCACCAAGCUCUCCCCAGCAAAACCCAACAUCUAAAGAAGAAACACCAGACACUGGAUGUUGUGAUGCUGCAAGUACAGGGCAGAUGGACACCCAACGUAGUUCACCUUUGCACCAAAUAGCCAAUGUGAAAGAUGAUACAACUCCACCUGGGGAGCCAGCACCGACACCUAUCUUGACAGAGAGCUGGCCUCCUGCGACCGGCGGUAACUCCUGUAACCAGCAGCCACUGGAUCUCUCUAAUACAGUCAACAGCAGUGUGGAUGUAGCUGUAGCUGAUGCUGUGCUAGAUUUGAGCUUGCAAAAAAAGACCCUUGGUGAUUCUGAACCAACAUUACAUUUAGUUUCACAGGCAAUUUUGAAAGAAGGAAAAUCAUGCAUGGCGGAGACAGCCUUGAUGAAUAUUGAAGAGCAAAAUGUAAGCCUAAGGAAUAUUGAGACCCCUUUAGUCACAGACUUCACCAUAUUUACAGGUUCAGAUAUGAUGACCCAAUUGGAGCCGAUGGCAGAAGGACUUGUUUAUGGACUUGCACUUCCCUCUGAUCCUCUGACUCAAUCACCUGCCUCCCAAGCCCCUGUUGCUUUGCAGCCAGCUACACCUUGCACUAUAGCAUUUGCUUCCCCAGUGUCAAGCACAACACUCCCAACUGCUCCUUCAUUAAUCACAGUUUUGGCACCACCACAUAUUUCUAAUCCUUCAAGCCAACCAAUCCAGGUAUUGGCCCCAAAUAUAUCUUCGGAGCCCCUGGUAAUUUGCACCGAAAAUGCUUUACAUUUUUCAGAGUGUGAUUUAACUUCUGCAUUUGCCACCACGAGUUCUGCCAACCCUGUUACUUUCUCCCAGUCCUUUGAUCCAAAUCUAAAUCUACCUAGCCAUGUGUUUCUCUCGGAUCCACUAGCGCUUCAUCCGCCUAUAGUUGAGUCCACUGCUAUGUCAGAAGUGCCAUUCACACCCACUGUAACUUUAACUGAUUCACUCAUCAACUCUUACAACAUUGCCAGCAACACAGUGUUGAUAGAGUGCACAAUAGCUCUUGAAGCCCCAGGGAGUUUAGUCCCUGCUGCAGUUACCUUACAAGAAAACACUGCUGAGCCUCCAGCACCUACACAGAUGGUUGUUAAUCACAUAGAACAGCAACAGAUUGUAUCAGUGCCCAAUCCUCAAACUGUGGACCCCACUAUUCUUAUGUCCUCCAUCUCAGAGUCAGUAACUCUAUCCACCACCGCCUCAGUAAUAUCUGAUUGUCCUACUGUGGCUGAAUCAAGUCCUGACCCAGAGACUGCUGUUAAUACAGAUUCACCAACCAUAAAAGAGGAGGACCCUGCUGAUAGUAGUGUUUCCAUACCCGAAAUUUCAUCUAAGACCUCACCUUCUUCUGAGAAAGCUGUAGAGGAUGAAUCAUUCAACAACUUACCAAGUGAUGCACAACAGCAGACUUUCACCAAGAAUUUUAUCUGCAAUGUGUGUGAUAAUCUUUUCCAUUCAAUGAAAGAACUGGGCUAUCAUGUAGGUGACCAUGCUGAUGAAUGGCCCUACAAAUGUGAGUUCUGCGUGCUGCUCUUCAACAAACCCUCUGCUUUGCUUGAUCAUCGAUUAAACCUCCACGGCGUCGGCAAGACUUACGUUUGCAGCGCAUGUACAAAAGAAUUUGUCUACCUUUGUAAUCUGAAACAGCAUCAAGAAGAAUUGCAUCCUGGCCAGCAGUGUACGUACACAGAAGAUGAAAAGGGAAAACUAAGACCUCAGAACUACAAUAACUCACCGAAAGUCAACACGCAGCCCUCGGUGCCCGAUGCCGCAGAGGAACCCAAGAUAGUGGGAGGUGAAGUAGAUGUGGCAGCUGACGAACUGUUUACAACAAUAAAAAUGAUGACCUCAGACGGAGCCAAAGUCAAAGGGCCUGAUGUUCGUCUUGGCAUUAACCAACAUUAUCCCAGCUUUAAGCCCCCUCCAUUUCCUUACCAUAACAGAUCACCAGCUGGCUCAGUGGCUUCAGCCACAAACUUCACCACCCACAACAUCCCACAAACCUUUAGUACGGCUAUUCGGUGUACCAAGUGUGGAAAGAGCUUUGAUAACAUGCCAGAGUUACACAAGCAUAUCCUAGCUUGUGCAAAUGCCAGUGAUAAAAGGCGAUACACGCCCAAAAGGAAUCCUAUCCCACUACGGCACUUUGCAAAAAUUCAAAAUGGAGUUCUGUCUACCACCAAUUCUACUCACGGACUAAAUGCUUCGAAUAGGCCCAGCCAGUCAAACAGGUCCAAACCUAACCAAGAAUCGCAGGUUAAUGUGAAGUUCAAGGUGUUGAGCAAAAAAAAGAAAAAGUUGGUCCAAAGAGUCAUGCCACAGAGGAACAAGCCAGUCCCUUCAUCAAAUAAAAUGUCACAUGCACAGGUGGCUGUGCAGCAGGAGAUCUUUGUCUGCCCACACUGUAACAGGGAGUUCACAAUGCGCCGCAGCAGAACCAAACACAUGGCGGUCUGCCCCAAGAAACCGAAAGAGGUGAAGAAAAGGAAAGAAGGAGGAAUCUCUGUUACAAAGGAAAAUAACAGACACCUCCAUAGAGGGGUUGAAGAGAAACAACAAGCCUCGCCUAAGCAUAAAACAAGACUCCAGACUUCUGGCCCUGGUAAAAGGUCCGCCAUCCUACCGGUGCAAACGGUCUUUUCAAACAAAAGAAGUAAAAUAAUUAUAAAAGAAAGCACGCAGCCAAAACAAGAGACACCCACUCUGAAUGAACUUCCCAUUGUUCGCACUUUCAACCCCUCUAUGCGCCAGUACAGCAGAGUGCAGCAUAACGUCAAAGGAAUCCCCAUUAAAAUCACCAUAGUGAAACCACAACAGGCUGCACCACAGAAGGAUGAGCUACCUCCUACCCAGAGCCGAGAGGAGGCAACCGGAGCCGUCACCAACAGCAAUGAGCAGAGUCCUACAGCCUGAAGACUACUCAGCUACCCACGGGGGAUCAUCAGGACCCUGCUGUGUUGAGCUCCUCAUACACACUUUUGUCACAGUGAUACUACUGUAAAGGGAGGUAACGGCGAAUCACACUGUAAACCCCAGUGACCCAAAUUGCAUCAUACUGUACAAUAAAAACUGGAUUGAGGAUGGAUAAAACGGACGAUACUGCAGUGAAUGGGUGUAUCUAACUGAAUAUUUGAAUAAUUUUGUAGUUUGACUUUUGUAGAUUUCUCCUUCACUUCAUAAACUUGCUGUCAACGGCUUGGAUUUGCACUUUGAAAUUGGAAGGCUGCUCUCAUUUCUUACUUGGCUGGGUUAUUUAGAGAGGAUGGCAGGUGGCAAUCAUUAACAGCAUGCAUUUGCACUUUUCUUUAUCUGUAGUCUGUGGCCUUUUGGUUUAAACUCUUACUGCAUGCUUUGAGCUUGUGCCACAGUAACAUUAAUUUAUGUUGAUUCAAUUAGACCUAAAACACUUAAUCUGAUGUUUUGUCUGAUUGACAAUAACCACUGUAAUUACAUAAUGGAAGACGCAUCAAGAACACAAGACUACGGAAUCAUGGAAAAGUAACACUCUAUAGUACAGUGUAACAUUGUCCACAAGGUACCUAUCAAAACGCCUAAGGAAAUCUACACUGUUGAUGUAAGUCAGUGUUUUCAGUUUUGGAGGGAAUGUAUCAUUGAUGGAUAUAUUGAAAAUCAAAAUUGUAUAUAAUCUGGUUGGCACCAGUUGCUUUGUAUUUGUAUGACAGUUUUGAGAAUAAUUCCUUGAAUGUGCCAUCAAAUUUAUGUAAUAUGACUAAAUGUGGCACAAAGACUAUACAGAAUAAAUGUAGCUAGCUGUUUUACCUCAUAUGGGAUAUAUGUGGCACUGCAAUUGCAAACAGAAGUACUAUAAUCUGUAAAACUUAAAAAAUAAAAAAAAUAAUAAGAGUUCAACUCUAAACAACAAAACGGAGCCAGCUUCUGGAAUCCUGAAACACUGAAGUAGUUACGGAAUUCCAGUAGGCUUAAUUUUCUACCCGUUAUACAAAAUGCUUGUCAGAAAUAUGAUUUUGUGUUUAUUUUCCCCCAUUCAAAGACUUCAACAUGUCACAUUAGAACAUCUAUUUAGGUCUUUGUCGUCUGUAGCAUACUGGCUUAUAAUCUGUCAACAUUUUACUGUGUGAAGUGUGUAUAAUAAAUUCCAACUUGUAUAAAUCACAAAAUGGAAACGUAAGAUCAAUUAUGGGGCAGAUUUUUACUUGAACCCAGUAGUGACAUAUGGAAAUGAUCGUGGCGAGUUGUCGCUAAUCUCAAAGAGUGAGUGUAAUGAAAUGUAACUUUGAUUUAAUUUUGUAUAAGCUUCUAGUUUGAAGAUCCAGUGCUAAACAGUGUAGUUAUUUAAUUAUGAAUAAAUUGAGUUAUAUUAAUUUGGGUAAACUAAAACUUGACAGCGGCCUGUCUCUGAGAGAGAAAGAGAGAGUAAUGGUAACUCUUUUAUUGCCUUUUCAACCCUCGCUGGUGAUAUCUUCUUCAUUCAGGUGGACUGCAAUGUGUUGGAUGUACAGGGCGGUUUGGACGACUGUUAUUUAACUGUGAAAAGUGCUUGUAGCAUUUCCAAGUAUAAAUUGAGUCAUGUAUAUUUAUUAAUUUAAAACAAUGUUAUCAAUAUCUGAACAGGUCCUCUGUAUGAUUUGCACUAAUGUUUUUUCAAGCGAGUGUUCAAAAUAAAUGGAGAAUGUUAAAAGAUUA